CGUUUUUUUAUUCAUUUGUGGCUGUGUGUUUUGUGUGGUGCUGUGGUGCGUAGUUCCAAGAAGGCCAAAUCAUGUCUGUGUUGCCGAUGACUGCAAGAGCAUGGGCAGCAGCAGAAAGCUUGGGAGAAGCAGCAGCUCCCCCUUUCUUGCAGGGGAAGGUUGCAGGCUGGGGGAACUGGUGAGACAGAGGGGGGCACUUGCUGACCAGCGGGGAGAUUUGCAAGUGGGAAGGACGCUCAAGUGCCGGUGCCUGGAGAAGUCACAGGAGAAGCCGCAAGAGAAGAUCCUCGUUGCUAAUCGGGGAGAGAUAGCAGUGCGGAUUAUCAGGACGGCCCAUGAAAUGGGUAUACCUUGUGUUGCAGUCCACUCAACAAUCGACAGCGAGAGCCUGCAUGUCCAGCUUGCUGAUGAAGCAGUCUGUAUUGGUGAAGCUCCAAGUAGCCAAUCGUAUUUGAAUAUUCCAAACAUCGUUGCAGCUGCCAUCAGCCAUGGCUGCACAAUGGUUCAUCCGGGCUAUGGCUUUUUGGCUGAGAAUGCGACCUUUGUGGACAUCUGCAGGGACCAUGGCCUCAACUUCAUCGGUCCUAGGCCUGAGAGCAUCCGCAUCAUGGGCGACAAAGCGACAGCGAGAGACACCAUGAAGAGAGCAGGCGUGCCCACUGUUCCAGGCAGUGACGGGCUUGUCAAGGAUACAGCAGAUGCUGUGCGGUUGGCCAAUGAGAUAGGGUUUCCUAUUAUGAUUAAGGCUACGGCAGGUGGGGGGGGACGUGGUAUGCGGCUUGCGCUCGAACCUGAGGGCUUUGUUAAGCUCCUGCAGCAGUGGAGGAGUGCUAAGGCACUCAAGGGUACUGUGGACGACUUGGUAGCCGUCCCGGACCACGGGGUCACUGAACCCCAGUUGGUCCAUUUGUUUUAUCGUGCCAUUCCAGAAGCCCUACGCGGGCAUUUCUUUGACAAAUCUCAGCAAGCCGGCAUGACUUACGAUGUAUUGAGUAGAGAAGUCGUCUUGUAUGAGUCGAAGUCUAUGCCUGUUACCACUUUCUGGCAUAAGGAUCUGGAGAAGGGGAAGAAGUGGAAAGAUCGUACCAUGUCGGGCCAAGUUAAGGCCAAGGAUCACUUGAUCCUGACAUUAGAGGAGGGUGGUACGGAAGAGGUCCCAUAUGAUCAGAUUGAGUGGGGCCUAGGGGAGGAGUACAGUUGUGUAGGGCAGGGGAGGUCUUACGCUGUUGUCGCGGCCGGAGGGAGGCCGCAAGGUAGAGGAGGAGGCCAGGGCCAAAGGGGCCAGGCCAUGGGAGGCCGAGGACCGGGCGCACAGGGGGUUGGCGGACAGGGAAACCGCCAAGCGGGAGGUAGGGGUCAAGGUCNGGGCCAAAGGGGCCAGGCCAUGGGAGGCCGAGGACCGGGCGCACAGGGGGUUGGCGGACAGGGAAACCGCCAAGCGGGAGGUAGGGGUCAAGGUCCCCCGUUAAAUCGCCAGGGUAACCGGACCCCACAACGAGGAGGUGGAAGGGUACCUCAAGGAGGAUGGCAUCCAGGCUUGCCGCAGGGCAGGCCCUGGGAAGACUUGGGCUUGGACCGACAAUUAUGGCAGGAACGCGUGAACAUGGGUCAGUGCCUAUUUUGUGGUGACCCGGCGCAGGCGGAGAUCCUUGCUCUCGACAACUCGGUAGCUCAUCUCCAAGACCGCCUUCAGCGGGUGGAGCAGCGACCAGUCGCCGCCGCCGAUGCAGGCUCUUCCAACUCUGCCGACCGCCUCACCACAUUGGAGAUGCGCGUCGACUCCCUCCAAGAUGGCGCACAAUUACAGCAGACCGCGACGCAACAAUUGCAGCAGCGGAUCUGCACUACCUCCACUACUUCGAGUCCGGAGCCGCGCGAGACAGCUCCUAAGUUCGAUGGGCAGGAGAUCUUCCACGACUCAAUCAAGACAGAUCCAAUUCCAUGGUUUCGCAAGUUCGAGCUCACGCUGCAGCUCCACAASGUCAAGGAAAACAAGCACCACGCUUACUUGUACUCUCGCUCAGGGGGCGCGUGUCAGGCGUGGUUGGACAACUUGUUGKCCAAGUACGGAGUGGUAGCAGCGGACUUGCACACCAUGAUCAGCUGGGAUGAUCUGAAGGCGGUGUGGCACAAGCGGUUCCAGGUAGAGCCGCCAGAGAUCAAAGCCAUGGACAAGCUUAUGGUCUUCGAGCAAGGCUCGCUGCCGAGUAUGGACUGGAUCGCCGAGUAUGGACUGGAUCGCCGAGCUGUUUGCCGGGACCGCAAUGCGCAGCACUUAGCUUAUCUCCACACUUACCUUUCCUUCUAUGCACCACCAACUUCGCCAACGGAUGACGAAGUCGCGGUGGGGGACAUCCUGGCGUACGUUACCAAGGUGGCCCGCGAGUUUCGCACGCAGCGGUACGAUAACAACAAUGCACCGCUCAUGUAUGUUCGCAUCCAGGUUGGGCAAGCGUCCUGCAACGCUUUGCUGGAUAGCGGCGCGACUCGCAACUUCAUGAGCCAGUCUUUUAUGCAAAGAGCUGGCCUUGGCGCACAAGUUCGAAGAAAGACAAACCCGACGGCGAUCAAGUUGGCGGAUGGAAAGACGCAGCAACUACUCGACCGKUACAUCGAGGCCGUACCGGUCAUCUUCGCAGCUCAUGCAUGCGAACCGGUGACAUUCGAUAUUCUCGACACGGACUUCGACAUCAUUCUGGGAAUGCCUUGGCUUGCAAGUGCGGAUCACACGGUCAACUUCCAUCGGCGGACUCUUAGCGUUCGCGACGCAUUCGGCGCGGAAGUGGCGGGUACGAUUCCUCUACCGCACUCUUCGAUCCGGUGCCAAGUGCUGACGGCUGAAUCAGUCCGGGCGACUUGUGCUUACGAGCAGCCCGAGGAGAUCGGCAUAUGUUUCCUAUGGACCGUCGCGGUAGCCGACUCUUCACCCACGGACUUGUCUUCGGACCCCCGUGAGGUACGGUUGCUGGACGAGUUCGCCGACAUCUUCGAGUCMCCUACCGGUGUGGUGCCGGGUCGGCCGAUCUCUCACGAGAUCAUUCYUGWGGCCGGUGCYGUGCCGCCGAAAGGUUGCAUCUAUYGGAUGAGCGAGGAGGAGCUUGAGGUACUCCGCGCACAACUCGAUGAUCCGUUGGCCAAGGGCUGGAUCCGCCCAAGUAGCUCCCCAUAUGGAGCACCAGUUCUCUUCGUCAGGAAGAAGAACAAGGAUCUACGAUUGUGUAUCGACUACCGCAAGCUCAACGCGCAAACCGUCAAGAAUGCGGGGCCUCUCCCUCGCAUCGACGAUCUUCUUGAGCGAUUGGGCGGCGCAAAAUAUUUUUCCAAGUUGGAUUUGAAAUCACGAUAUCAUCAAAUCUCGAUCCAGCCGAACGACCACCACAAGACCUCGUUCAAGACGCGGUACGGGCAUUUCGAGUGUGUGGUCAUGCCUUUUGGCCUCACCAACGCCCCGGCGACCUUUCAGGCGGCAAUGACCAAUGAAUUUCGCUACUCGAAGAUCGCGGCCCACUUGAACAAGCUUCAAUGCGAGGAUCGGCCGUUUGACUUCGGAGAGGAGGCGUGGGGAUCAUUCUUCGCUCUCAAAGCCGCGCUAUUGUCUGCGGAGGUCUUGCGGAUAAACGACCCGCUCUUGCCUACGCGCGUCACUACGGAUGCGUCAGGCUAUGGCAUUGGUGUAGUCCUCGAGCAACAUGACGGUGUGGACUGGCACCCGGUCGAAUACUACAGCAAGAAAGUGCCCAUCGUGCAUUCCAUUGAUGAUGCAUGCAAGAAGGAGCUCCUCGCAUUCCUCCACGCGCUCAAGCGGUGGCGGCACUUCCUCCUUGGUCGAAGCCAAUUUCGCUGGGUAACGGACAACAAUCCGUUGGUCUUGUACAAGACCCAAGACACCGUCAACAGCACCAUCGCUCGAUGGAUGGCUUUCAUCGACCAGUUCGACUUCUUUCCCGAUCACAUUCCCGGGAAGUCCAACCGUUUUGCGGAUGCUCUUUCACGGCGCCGGGAUCAUUGUAUCGCAGUCUACUCAUUCUUCGAGAUCGACGACAACCUGUGGAACAGUUUCAUCCGUGGCUACCAAGCCGACCCCGAGUUUCGCGACAAGUACGCGAAUUGCUCCUCUCCUAAUCCGUCUCUUUCUCACUACCGAAUCCAAAAGGGGUACUUGCUUGUCCACACGCGGGGGAAGGACCUUCUUCGCGUACCAAGUGAUCCUCACUUGCGUACACGGCUUCUUGGCGAGUUCAACGAUGCUCCCGCCACCGGACACUUUGGAGUCAAUCGCACGAUUGGCCGACUUCGCCAGCGAUUUUGGUGGCCCGGCCUUCUCGGCGACGUCACGAGCUAUUGCGAGUCAUGCGAGGUUUGCCGACGCUGCAAAUCCCACAACCAUCGUCCGUACAGCGAGUUACGACCAUUUCCAGUCCCGUUGAGGCAAAGGGAAGCGAUUGCCAUGGACAUUACCGGCCCGUUCCCCAAGCACAAGACCGGAGUGGAUGAGAUUCUUACGGUGGUCGACCGACUCACCAAGUUUGCCAUGUUUUUGCCUUGUCGCUAUCAUGCCAAGGCACCGGAGUUGGCCGAGGUUCUUUACGCCGGUUGGAUUCGAACCAAGGGUUACCCCAAGGAGAUCGUCUGUGACGGCGACACUCGGUUUAUGUCCGAUUUUUGGUUGGCGCUCAUCAAGCGAUGGGGCUCAUCUCUCAAGCCCAGUUCAGCUCGCCACCCUCAGACCGAAGGCCAGACGGAGAGGGCGCAUCAGACCGCACAGGUUGUUCUUCGCACUCUCAUCCGCCCCGACCAGAAAGACUGGAUUGUGCGACUGUCGGACGUCGAGUUGGCCUACAACUCUUCCAUCCACCCGACUAUUGGGAUAUCACCCUUUGAGUUCGAGCACGGCUCGCCGGUCACGUCACCGUUGGACACUAUUACUCCACGCACGACCGAGAGCRACGACCAUCUUCUUUUCUUGCGUCGGAUGCAAGAGCUUCUUGUCAAGGCACGCGACCAGAUGGCUAAGACGCAACAGCGCAUGAGUCAGCAAGUUAAUCGCGAGCGUCUUCCUUGUCCAUUCCGCAGCGGUGACCUCGUUUGGGUUUCCGCAGCGGAAUUCAGCCUUGAACAAGACAUCUCUCGCAAGCUCCUUCCGAAAUGGAUGGGGCCUUGGCCGAUCGUAGCGCCCGCNAAAGGCUACUCGAAGAUCGCGGCCCACUUGAACAAGCUUCAAUGCGAGGAUCGGCCGUUUGACUUCGGAGAGGAGGCGCGGGGAUCAUUCUUCGCCCUCAAAGCCGCGCUAUUGUCUGCGGAGGUCUUGCGGAUAUACGACCCGCGUCUGCCUACGCGCGUCACUACGGAUGCGUCAGGCUAUGGCAUUGGUGCAGUCCUCGAGCAACAUGACGGUAGAGCCGCCAGAGAUCAAAGCCAUGGACAAGCUUAUGGUCUUCGAGCAAGGCUCGCUGCCGAGUAUGGACUGGAUCGCCGAGUAUGGACUGGAUCGCCGAGUAUGGACUGGAUCGCUGAGUACCAACGCUUAACGUCAGUCCCAGACAUCCAGAUGGGCUUCAAAGCCAUCCGCCACUAUUUCAUCUCAAGGUCAUGUCCGGCAUUGAGCAAUGACCUGACGCAUGUCGAGGACACCUUGAUGACGACGGCGGAAUUAUUCGACAAGGCUGCGCAGAUCAUCGUUACGAACAAGGAGGCCAAGAACCUCCAUUCAUCUGCGUCAGGCCCGAGCGGGAACCAGCAUCGGCCACGAGUGGCUGUGGUCGCAGCAGCAGCGCCGUUAGACCAAUCCAGCGAGGCUACGUCUGCCAAUGACGGAGACAAAUUCGCAGCCGCCCGGGAAGGUGGCCGCCCCGGCAGAGGCCGAGGCUGUUUGCCAAGACCGCAAUGCGCAACACUUAGCGCUCAUCUCCACACUUACCUUUCCUUCUAUGCACCACCAACUUCGCCGACGGAUGACGAAGUCGCGGUGGGGGACAUCCUGGCGUACGUUACCAAGGUGGCCCGCGAGUUUCGCACGCAGUGGUACGAUAACAACAAUGCACCGCUCAUGUAUGUUCGCGUCCAGGUUGGGCAAGCGUCCUGCAGCGCUUUGCUGGAUAGCGGCGCGACUCGCAACUUCAUGAGCCAGUCUUUUAUGCAAAGAGCUGGCCUUGGCGCACAAGUUCGGAGAAAGGCAAACCCGACGGCGAUCAAGUUGGCGGAUGGAAAGACGCAGCAACUACUCGACCAUUACAUUGAGGCCGUACCGGUCUACUUCGCACCUCAUGCAUGCGAACCAGUGACAUUUGAUAUUCUCGACACGGACUUCGACAUCAUUCUGGGAAUGCCUUGGCCUGCAAGUGCGCAUCACACGGUCAACUUCCAUCGGCGGACUUUUAGCGUUCGCGACGCCUUCGGCGCGGAAGUGGCGUGUACGAUUCCUCUACCGCAUUCUUCGAUCCGGUGCCAAGUGGUGACGGCUAAAUCAUUCCGGGCGACUUGUGCUUACGAGCAGCCCGAGGAGAUGGGCAUAUGUUUCCUAUGGACCGUCGCGGUAGCCGACUCUUCACCCACGGACUUGUCUUCGGACCCCCGUGAGGUACGGUUGCUGGACGAGUUCGCCGACAUCUUCGAGUCCCCUACCGGUGUGGUGCCGGGUCGGCCGAUCUCUCACGAGAUCAUUCCUGUGGCCGGUGCUGUGCCGCCGAAAGGUUGCAUCUAUYGGAUGAGCGAGGAGGAGCUUGAGGUACUCCGCGCACAACUCGAUGAUCCGUUGGCCAAGGGCUGGAUCCGCCCAAGUAGCUCCCCAUAUGGAGCACCAGUUCUCUUCGUCAGRAAGAAGAACAAGGAUCUACGAUUGUGUAUCGACUACCGCAAGCUCAACGCGCAAACCCAAGCAAAGAGCGAAGCGGGAGCAGCAUUUGGGAACGAUGGUGUUUAUUUGGAGAAGUACAUUCAGAACCCUCGUCAUAUUGAGUUUCAGGUCUUGUGUGACAAGCAUGGCAAUUGCGUCCAUCUUGGAGAACGUGACUGCAGCAUUCAGCGACGGAACCAAAAAUUGUUGGAAGAGGCACCUUCCCCCGCUCUGACUCCAGAGCUCCGAAAGCGGAUGGGAGAUGCUGCGGUGGCCGCGGCAUCGUCGAUCGGUUACAUUGGUGUUGGUACGAUUGAGUUUCUCCUCGAUGUGUCUGGAGAGUUCUACUUCAUGGAGAUGAAUACACGCAUCCAGGUGGAGCAUCCAGUGACAGAGAUAAUAUACUCUGUCGACCUUAUUGAGGAGCAGAUACGGGUUGCAAUGGGGAAGAAGCUUCGAUUCACACAGGAUGAUCUGAAACUUUCAGGCCAUGCUAUUGAGUGCCGAAUAAAUGCUGAGGAUGCGUUCCAAGGGUUCCGCCCAGGACCAGGGCGAAUCACUGCAUAUCUUCCUCCUGGAGGUCCUUUUGUGCGUAUGGACAGCCAUGUCUAUGCAGACUAUCUGGUCCCACCUAGCUACGACUCACUUCUUGGCAAGCUCAUUGUCUGGGCACCCACUCGUGAGAAGGCUAUCUCUCGCAUGCAACGGGCUCUGAGAGACACCGUUAUUUCGGGGAUCCCAACAACGGUAGACUAUCACAAGCUCAUCUUGGAAAUUCAGGAUUUCAAGGAUGGCAAGGUCGACACAGCAUUCAUUCCAAAACAUGAAGAGGAGUUGUCCACGCCCCCACCUCCUCCAAAGAAGAAGAAGAAUGUAGUUGCCCCGAAGUCGAGCAAGGUGAAGGCCAGGGCGUGAAGACCAGAGCAGUUUUGAAGGUCGGCGGCCUCUGCAAGAGGCUAAAUGAGUGUAAGAGGAGGUAUAUGUGGAUCAAGGUCGGUCUACCAGGUGAAAGACGAUAGGACUUCUGUUGAGAGCCCAUAUCUUGCUCCUCAGGUUUAGGUGAGCACAUCGGGCCGAUCUCGGGGAAGGUUGGUGGGGGGAGCGUGAGGUGGAAAAACAGUGUGCGAUGUGGUUGUAUGGCCCAAUGAUUUAUGCCUUCUGGAGGUGGUGGCACUUCACCACUGGUAGGGCCUGCCUCUUGUAUCAAGUCAGCUCCAAUGUCUUGUUAUAACUUGUAACCAAGGAUUUCACUUUCACUGUUAUAGUGUGCGGUAAUGGGAGGCAGCACUGUUAUAGUGUGCAGUAAUGGGAGGCAGAAAGAAGUAAGUUAUGGUGAUGAGGAAGAAUGUGCAGUUGAUAGUGUCACAUGGCAACAACGGUGAACGUUUAUGCGCAGGGAGGUGGAGGAAGGCAGCAAAGGGAAUUUACAGCCGAGGUGUCUCGGUUCGUUGCAUAAGAGAGUCUUCUCUUCUGUUUGUGUAUGUGUGCCUUUUAUCCCAAACCUCUCAGGGUGGCUAUUCAUAGAAGGGGGUGGUUGUUGUCAUGUGGCUAUUUACAGUGGCAGGGUGACGAUUAAUAGAAGGGGGUGGCUGUUACCGUGUGGCUAUUUAGCAGGCUAGGUUAGCUAUGAAAAUGGAGAAGGGUGGCUCGAUGGGUACUUGGGGUUGCUGCAGUAUGGGGUAGGAUUGAGAGGUAGCUUCGUGGUCAUGCAGAGCGGGAUAGGGUUGAUUGGGUAAGAGCUUGGACUUGAUCAUGGCGAUAGCCGAUGCGGUUUGGAGGGCAGCCGUAAGGUCACCUAUAGUUAUCAAAGUGUGUGACCGAACUUCAUGCUAGGGGCAUAUGGCUGAUCUGUGUUAGUCGGAGGAAGAUCUGGCUAAAGUGCGUCUGCACUGAGUUUCAGUGGGCAGGGACUGGAAAUAAUCCCACAAAUGGCGAAAUGUUGGGUAGCACACCCUAAAGUCAGGUGUUAGGUUUUGAGGAUGCAGAAACUUGUGUCAGCCUUCCUUAUCCGGGAAAACUGUCAGCAUAUUAGACACGUUAGUUUUCAUAGGGCUAGCCUAUGUUUGUUUUACCUUUUCAUCAUGCGUCAUGUUGCUUACUGUGCGGCUAUAUUCUCCUCCUCCCAAGGGUAGAUUACCCUGCUUACGGGGACGAUUCCCCCUUUUUUUUCGAAGAAUUAUCAUCGUCAAUCAAUGAUGUCUGCUAUCUUCAUUUAUGUCUAUUUUCGAAUGGCGUAAUGCAUCAUCUCGGCCACUCUUGAUGUCAAGACUCAA